AUGCUGGCACAAAUCUACAAAGUCAAGGCCACGCGUGCCCAGAGGGAGGGAAGUCUGACGUUUGCGAAGGCUCUGGCUUCGCUCACGAAGCUCGAGAAACUCGACCUGAGUGACAACACCUUUAAGGCCCAGGGAGGCGAGGCUAUUGCUGCUGCAGUCAAGAACAUGCCCAACUUGGUGGAGAUCAACCUUCGUGAUGCUGCCAUUGAGGACGAUGGCUUGGUGGCUAUUGCGGAUGCGCUACGAGAGGGUGGUGCAGCCAGGGGAAUUACGGCGUUGGAUGUUUCGGGUAACGACCUGACUGCUGCGAGUAUGCCGACACUGGGACAGAUGCUGCGUGAUAGCGCAGCUCUGCGUGUGCUACAGGUGGAGGAGAACGAGAUCGGAUCUAAGGGCGCUAAGGCCAUUGCCAAGUCUCUGAAGGUCGGAUCUCCGGCGCUGGAGAAGGUUGUUGCUAAUAUGAACGAAAUUGGCGCAUCUGGCGCUCUUGCGCUCGUUAAGGCUGUUGUUGACAAGAAGGCGUUCGUGAAGCUGGACAUUGAUGGCAACCAGAUUUCGGCGGGUGGCGUGGCGAACAUUGAGUCGCUGCUGGAGAGCAACAACAAGAGUGACGUGCUCGGCUCGCUGGAGGACAAUGACGAUGACGAAGAGGAAGACGAUGAGGAAGAAGAGACUUCGGUGGAGGACGUGACGGUCAUGCUAGACAAAGUGACGAUUUCAGACGCGAGCUUUGAAUUCGAGAACAAAAGUCGUGAAGUUGUUGAUGCUGCUCGUGCGCUGCAACUGCUAGAAGCUUCUGGGAUCAAAGUGAACGAGCGUUCGCCGCUGCAUUUCAAGUCCAUUUCUCUGCGUGGAAAGAGCUACACCGACUCCGGCGCGAAGGUCAUCGCAGACUCGUUCCUGUCGCGCUUGCAGAGCGACCUCAAAGUGGUGGACCUGGCUGAUGUGAUCGCUGGCCGCCCAGAGGACGAGGCACUUCGCGUCCUCUCAGUCAUGUGCCACGCACUUCGCGGCCAUGCUCUAGAUGAGAUCGACCUCAGUGAUAACGCUCUCGGUGAGAAGGGUGUGCGGGCCUGCUUCGACCUGCUGAUCCCACAGCCAACGCUCCGCCGUCUCCUGUUCUGCAACAACGGCAUUUCGGCUGCUGCUGCCAGUGUGAUCGCACAGGAGAUCGUGCUGCAGAAUGGCAAGGAUGCCCAGUCUACGCUGGAAGAGUUCCACUUCUACAACAACAUGAGUGGCCACGACGGUUGUGUGGCGGUGGCUAACGUCCUCGCGCAGUGCAAGAAGCUAACGCUAUUGCGCUAUGCCAGUGCCCGUGCUGGCCCGGAGGCGAGCGAGGAGAUGGCACGCAGUGUGAACACGCACCUGCGUCAACUCAAAUCGCUUGACCUGAGCGAUUGCUCGUUCGAAGAAGAUGGCGCCACGCAGCUCGCGGAGGCCAUCAGCAAGCAGCCGAACCUUCAGUACCUCAAGCUGCGAGAUGCUUCACUGUGUGCUGAAGCGGUUUUGAGUGCUGACAGCCUCCCGGCCCUCGAAGAACUCUCGCUGUGUGGGAACGAGAUCACGGCCAAGGGUGCGAUUGCUGUCGUGGACACCUUCGUACCGACUAAGAUGGCUCUUGUACGUGUGGAACUCGACACGAACAUGAUCUCUGACAAGGGCGUGGAGCACAUUAAGGCCUCGCUGGCCAAACAGGGCAAAGCCAAUAUUCUGGGCUCGCUAGAGGAGAACGACGGCGACGAGGAGAGCGACGACGAGUAG